AAAUCAUGGCACCCCCAUGGCUGUUUCGUCCACGGCUCCUCACACGCAGUGUCACGCAUCGCGCCCCACCCCGUACGUUCAUCGCCAUGUUGACACGCAUUUGAUGUUCACCGCAGUUAGGUAGCCCAUGCAGAUGGCUCCCAUUUCCAUGCCAAAGUCACUUCCAUGCCAUGCAUCCUUGCUGAUGAUGACUUGAUCGCCUAUAUAAGAGAACAGUGUUACCAUGACCUCACCUGCACCGGUAACUAGUGGCAAGUGGUACUGUAACAUCACAUCACAGGGUGACGGUGUUCGGCCGAGCUGGUCGAUCGACACGGCGGCCAGCAUGAAGGCGUCCUGCUUCCUGGUCGUGCUUCUGCUCGCCGCCGCCACGGGGAGCAGGCUCUCGCUCGCCGCCCGCGAGGGCACCACCCUGGGCGGCGAGCUCGGCGCGCUCAUAGCCAAGGCCGGCAGCUUCCUCACGUCGGCGGGCCGCGCGGGAGCGGACGGCUGGCACUCCGCCGCGGCCGCGGAGGUGGACGCCUCGGCGAGGAAGGGGCACGGCCAUCCGGCGGGGGCGAAGAAGCGGCUGAAGAAGUCUUCCGUGAACUGCAUCCCCGCCGACAUGUGCCGGAGGAAGAAGGUGCUGUGCGGCAAGCGGUGCUACAAGACGUCGCACGCCGGCGCCGGCCUCGACCACGUCCCCUCCAGCCGGUGCGUCGUCAGGUGCAAGAAGUGCGUGCCCACCUGCUAGAUCGUUCGUUGGUUGCUCCUUCCCUUCCAUCUUCUGAGUUCCGUGUCGUGUCGUGUCGUGGUGCUCGAUCCGUGCAUGUUAGUUACAUUUGCUUUUCCUUCCAUAGGGUUUCAUUCAUGCAUCAGUUGAAUAAGCUGGCAGGCUUCCCGCCAUCAUGCAUGCAGCAUAGGUAGUGGACAUACGGGUUCUACUCUAAAAGAAGUGUACCACGGUUGUGUGCUAAGUUUGAACGUGAUCUCAUCUCGUCU